UUUUUUUUGGCAAAAGUUUUAUUUCUCUACAGAAUUAUGUUUUUUUCCCUAAAAUACAAUUCUUGUGAUUUUGUAAAUUUGAUUCUUUUGAUUCUAAGGCGGAAUCUUCUAGAUGGGUUGUUGAUUCUGCUGAAUUCUUUGUGUGUAUGAUUGAAGAACCAAAGGAAAGUUGAAUCAGGUAACCAGUUGGAAUGUGGUGUGGAGUGCAAGCAUUUAUGGAAGUAGGGGUAAGAGUAUGGAAUUGUUUUGUGCGACUCUUCGUUGAAGUGAACAUGAAUCAAGCACAUCGAUAUGGCGAAGCUCAAGAUGAAGCUAUUGUGACAGGUUUCGAAAUACCAAGAUCACCUGAUGUAAGUUACAACAACGUACAUCCUGGAAACGAAGAUGAUGCACGUGAACCACCAAUGGUUCCACCACAGCUGCACACUACCAUAUUGAACCACCACAGUGUGACUAGGGAUCAAUCUGCAGAGCUGCCAUCACCACAACACGUGGUUCUAAACCAUCUCUACCUCGAGGACAGACAAACCCCGGGACCAGUCGUGGCAGUCGGUGUAACAUCUCGUUUUCGCUCAAAGUUUGUUACCGUCGUGCUUUACAAACCAGCUGAAAGGAGAGGAGGAAGUACCAACAACGCCUGAUUGUUUGUUCUGAUGGAAGCAAUAGAUAGAAAGGUAAAUACACAACAAUUGAUCCGCAGGAAAUCGUUUAUUUCUUCACAGCUGGUUGUGAAAGUAGAUAAAAUUAGGACCGCGAUCGUCCUUGGACUUGAACAAUCAAUACUAGAUCGCGGUUAGUUUCGAAAACUUUACUAUUGUAGUAUGGUAAAAAAUUAGUCAUGUGUCUGCUGUUAGUUUUAACUUUGGGAAAGUUUUAUUGUUGUGCAUUAGACUCUAGCAUAUGUUUGAUAACCUUAUCUUCAUCAUGUGUGAUGAUGCCCUUUACAAUUAUAUACUCUUCAUCCUAAGGAGGUAUCUUUAUUCAAAUAGUUUGUCAGAUUUA